AUGCGUAAAAUGACCUCAUCGAAUUGCAUUUUGCCGGAACUAAGCGAUUUGGGGCUACCAACCAUAAUUCUUGUGUUAAUGAUAUCUAUUACGGCGUAUUCAUGGAGCAUUUAUGGCGAAAUGAUAACUACAUUCUACUCAAAAUAUGUCACUACUAAGCGCAAGGUCAACUGA